AUGGUCAAGUCCAUGUUGAGAUCAAGAACAUAUUUGAUGCGCACCAAAACAAUUUCAUUUGAAUUGGCAAGAUGUUGCUGUGGUGAUGUUACUACUAAUUAUUGGCUGUGCGUUGAUCUAUCUGUUCGUUCGGUAUUCAUUGAAGACGAAAUGGAAACAACUCCAGUUGCUCCUAUCGUUAGUACAACAUCCCGUUCAACAGUAGGCACAUGUGGUUGA